UCUGUCACGCAGCGUUUUGCCGAGCCAUGCGUCCGCCGCUUUAUCUGCCCCCGACACACUGCCUCUCGCUGGGGAAGUGUCACUUCACCUCCCCCUCCUCUUCCUCCACCACCUCAUCCCUGUUGACUCCCAGCUCACCCCGGCCUCGCUCGCUCCCCUUCUUUGGAUGCCAGCAGCUUGUAGUGAUGGAGCAGACCAUUGUCACACACCAACCCUUUUUAUCAGGGUCCAGGUUUCAGGAGAAGGAAGAUGGAGGCUUGCCCGCAGGAAGUGGCGCUAACUGGAGGCCAAAUGACGUCUCUUUUCCGAGCGCAGUCGUACUGACACAGCCCGGCUUGGGCGUCACCACGACGACCCUUACCACCAUCACACAGACGGGGGGCGACUGGAGCACUGGCCUGUUUGACGUUGAUGGAGACCAGACCACAUGUGUUGUCGGUGCCGUGGCGCCGUGCUGCUUGGACCUGAGUCUAGCACAUCAGUAUGGCGAGUGCCUUUGUUUGCCUCUGCUGCCAGGAUCCACCAUCGCCAUGAGGGUCGCACUCAGGGAGAGGUACAAGAUACGAGGCAACAUAUGUGACGACUGGACCACGGUGUGUUGCUGCUACUCUCUGGCCGUGUGUCAGAUGGUGCGAGAGAUGAAGCGGCGGACGAUGACUCGGACGUACCACGUGUCCACCGCACUGGAUUGCUCCUGACGAACAUCGGCCAGAACGUAACCAAAUGUGGUUCCUUCUUGUCUUCCAAAGCACUAUAUAUCAUUCAUCAACCCCACAACAGUACAGCUACCCUGACGACCAGGCUAAAGGCUAGACUAUAAGUCUUGAUUUCAUUGGUUCUAUUGAUCAUGAUUAUCAAUUAUUAGUGAGUACCUACACAUUUGAUCACAUGUUUAAAAAGUGUGUGAGGCGCAUUUAGGGCUUAAACUCGGAUUGUGCAUUCAGCAUUUAGCUUGUGAGCUUGCGUGUGAGCACUGGCAGAGGCUUCUAGAGCUGAAUCUAAUAAUUUAAAGUCACUUUUUAUUGCAAAUGUUGAUCCAAAAUUAGAGGAGAACAUCAAGCUGGCAGGAAGGUUUGGAGGGGGAGGAGUGAGCCGUGUGUCAAAAGUAGACAUUUUUAUGGGCGUAUCUAUUACGUGCAGUUUUUUGGCCAUUCACUGGUGGUCCUGGAAGGUAUACCCUGUGAACAGUGGGGGUGUACUGUACAUAAGCAGCUUUAUCUGCUUUUCAUCGCAAUGCAUUGUAGUAAAAAUCUGUAUUACUUUACUGCAGAAACAGAUAUGAGCCUCAUAAUCUUUGUGGCCGCGUCGCUAUGGUGGUUUAUGGAUUUUGCAGUUUUUGAUUUAGCCUCGCACGCCAAAGGUCAGCUGACACAUAAAAUGUGCUGUCUAGCUUAUAUAUGAUGCAGUUGGGCCACAAAGCUCUCUGGUUUGCCAAAUUGUAAUGAAGAGCUGCAGUACAGUACGGUGUGUUGAUAAUAAGGUGACUUUCCAUGCGUUUGUUAUGUUAUUCAUUUAUCCAUCCCUCCACCUACCCUGCAGGUGUUCCAUCACAUGAUUAAUCCUGAUUGCUGCGCUUCCCUCAACUUGAAAUGCCAGGCAGCAAGAGCACACACACACACCAUGAGGGUGUGAAAACAUCAUUAUAGCAUAAAGCAGAUGGGUGCUCAAAGGGCACAAAUGUAAUUGGUUACCACCAGUGGAUAUGUGUGACUAGCUGGCAGCUAAUUCAAAUGGAGGAAAGCACUGAUUUAAGAGCGUAACAGAGAUUCCAAUGUGGUAUUACCUGUAUCGUAGCAGGGUUUUACAGGAGUCCGGGUAAACAAACAUCUUGGAAAAGUAGGAUUUUUAUGCCGGGUGCUGCCAGGGAAAGAGGCUCACACAGAAACGGAAUGUUGCCACAACUGCAGACAUGAGAAACUGGCAGAAAACAAGGAACCUUCUAGAAAGCAUGCCUGUUGUCCCUGCUGUUGGUUGGGUCGCAGGGUUUCUCAGACCUCCUGGCUAGAACAGGGCACCAUCUCAAAAUGGGACCCUUGAGGAAAACUGGGAUUUUAGGCCGUUCGUGGGUCCAUCUGAGACCUCCAUUGUGCAUUCGGAAGGUUUCCUUGAACCUCUUGACCUAAAUAAAGGCUGGAAAAAGGACUGCUGGGAAAAGUGGGACCUGCAAAUAUCCCCCCCACUGCUGGCUGGUUGGUUGGUUCCCUGGACCUUCUGGUUAGAAAAGGGCACCAUCUGAAAAUGGGACACCCAAAGGGUAAGUGGGAUUGUUUUUGCCAUUCUUGAGUCCGGAUAAGGCCUUUAGUAUGUAUGUAAAAAGUUUCCAAGACCCUCCCGCUGGGACAGGGGCCCGUCCAGAUAUGUAGACCAGAAUAUUUUAGGGCAAAAUGUAACUCUGGCCCUAUUGAGGACCUCUUGACAAAGUGGGUCCAGCCGAGGUUCCGAAGGAUUUCCAGUCCUCCUUGUGGAAAAACAACCUAAGCGGAUCCCUAGGACAAGUAAAAAAACCAAAAAAAACAAAACUGUUUUGUGCUAUCUUUGGUUUCCCCUCGGGAAGGAGUCCCUCCAGAAAUGUAGACCUGAUUAUAUGAAGCAAAAUGGAUUCCUGGUGAAAGGUGGCACCUGAAAAUAAUAAUAAUGGCCAAUGGAGGACCUCUGGGGAAAGUGGGCCAUGGCCCCUGCUAAUGGCUGGGAAGGAACCAAAAUAGGAUUUUGUGCCAUUCUUACGUCUGGCUUGGGUACUUGGAGUGAGUUUUCCAAGUCUCCGGGUUGGGAAAGAAACCAUUUUUGGGACCACUCGAGGCUCCUGCUCUGGGUUUGGAAAGUUACCCAGUAGAGACAGUACCAAAAAAGUUUGCGACGUGAACCUGGGGGGAAAAAAACCCAAGCUUGUAGAAUUUUUUUUUUUUUUUUUUGGUGUGGCCAGAUCCCCUGCUUUUGGGUACCGCCUGGCUCCCUUCUUCAGCCAGGCAGUCUGGAAAACACAAUUUUUUUCCCGCUUUUGGGUGCUGUCCUGCUGUGUGUUUGGAAGGUUUCCUAGCCCUCCUGGCUGCAAAAGGGAAGAUUGCAGUGCCAUACGGAAAACAUUUUGCCAAUUUAAAAAAUGGCUUAAAAUGGACCCCAUGGAAAAGCUGGAUUUGCUUCCCUCGUUUGACCAAGGCAAGGGCUUCGGACCUUUUGGUAAGGGUGCAAUCACACAAUUGGUCCACAAGGCCAAACACUGUUAUAUCUGCCUCAGCCACCAGGGGGCAGUGGUGCUGCAGAUGUGAGUCACUGCUGCUGUUUUCUAAUAAUAAUAAAAGGAGAGGAGCUGCCCAGGGGGACAAGGAGUCAAUCCACUGUGCUGAUCGGAGGUCAGAUUUGGGAUUCCCACAGCGGGAGUAGGUCAAGAUUUGAAACAGCCCAAAGUCAGCAGUGGGGGCCAUAAAACAUCACAUGCUGAUAUUACUUCCUGCCGUUUCAGCAUCAAGACGUGCAGAUGCAUGGGGUGUCGAGUACACACUCUUAUAGAAAACAGCCCUUUGGGGAAAUGUGUGUGUGUGUGUGUGAGAGUAAUUUAGGCAGUAUCUCUCGUCCCAUGAUUGCACUCUUUUGCUGCUUGCAAACAGAUGAAAUAGAAAACACAGCUCAAGGGCAAAUGCAUCAUAGAUCCUGAAGCAGCACAAACACACCGUUAUGUAAAGAUGAUAGCUCCUUAAGCAGCACACACACACACACACACCGCUGUGUAAAGAUGAGGUCACAUAAAGUGAGUGACACGUGUUAAACGUCACAACCAGCAAUUACCAAUAACCAAUUCAGUAUUGUGUACAGUAAUGCCCUUUCACACAGGCAUCCCACUUCUGUGCGGCUCUGACACUACUGGAAGUCCACUCCCAGUUUCGUUUCUGUUCACAUUGAUUUCCUAGUGAACAAAAUGCUGGGAAACUAGUCCAGGAAGGUGGUGGGAAAGUGAGGUGAAAUUUGCAAAUCUGGAACAGUUGCUCCCCUGGUGAUACAGCAGUGAGCACCUGGGCUUUACACACAAACACACACGCACACACACACACACUGACAGUCUGUCAUGAUGGGAGCUCAUCCUAUCAUUUUUCUUGUGGAUACUAUCCAAAAAGUCCCCAAAAUAGAGCUGGGACGGCAGGAAUUAUACCACACAAAGACAGAGAAACAAGGGCGCACACACACACACACACAUACUCAUUGUAGUGCAGGGGUGUCCAAAGUGCAGCGAGGGGGCCAUUUGUGGCCCACCACUCAUUCCGUAUUGGUUCGCGGCAUUUUGUAAAUAAAUAAAAUUAAACACAAAAAAAACCAUUAAAAAAAUGGGAAAAAUAGAGUAAGAAGGCACGAUGUAAAGAAAAAAAGAUUGAUAAUAAUAAUUCAGAACACAAAGCUUUGACUUUAAAUUAAAUUAAAUUCUGUUGAUUUUUUUUUUUAGCCUUUUUAUAAAAAAAAAAAAAAAAGUAUGUAAAAAUAGCAUCUUGGACCCCCGCCCCCGUAUCCUUCGAUAUUCCUGUAGGUGACACCCCUGGUCUAGUGGGACAAAAGAAGGCCAUCCUACCUUUUUUCCUUGUGUGAAAUAGUCAAAGUGUCCCCAUAAAGACAAAAACGUCCCCACAAUAAAAUCAGGAUGUCAAGAGUUGUGCCACACAAAGACAGAAAGACAAGAGCAACACACACAUUCGCACACAGAGUCUAAUACUGUUUGGUGAAAUGAGCUCAUCCCACCGUGCGUGUUGUACCACACAAAGAAAAAAAUGUCUCUAAGAUAAAGAAUAAAAAUAAGACAUGCUGGACGAUCCGAGCAAGCUUCUAGAAGUAGCUCAGAGAUGCAACAUGUCCCUCCUCACCUCCAGCAGGUGUGCAUUUCAAUGGAAAAAAUGUUUUUGCACGCAAAGUUCCAUCCACCAGCGAGCCUUCAGGACAGAAAGCCGAAAAAAACAGUCCACAAGCUCAAAAGGCAAAGAAUUGGGUUAUGUCAGUGACUGGAGGCCUCUAGGCAAAAGCAAACACAACCUUUUUCCAGUCUCUAUUUCAUUUAUAUAUUUUGCUCACGUCGCUUGACAGAAUAUAAGCUUGAAAUGACAUUUACACAAAUACUUUCCUCUUUGUCUUUUGAUCGCUCCAAUUCUGCCACACUUUUAUAAAUUGGCUCUAAUUCGUAACCAAGUUAUGGGCCAUUAGCUUGAAUUUCAGUGUUAAUAAUUUAUCGACUUUUUUUUGCUGCUGCUAAAGGGAGCAAACAACUCCUCUGAGCACAUUUCAGAGGUUUUCUGAAGCCUUUUGUUGCUUGUAGAUGUACUUCACUUUCCCGUUUGUUGCAUUGUCAAUAGAAAACUGCUCCAAUUAACACUUCUACUCAAUUAACCGACAAGGUUAAUUGGGAGCGUCGUCGGGAGCGUGGUCUACAAAUGCAAAUAACCGCCGGGGUCUCAAAUUAGGUAUCCUCGUCGUGUAGCGAUAUAUUUUUAUUAACUCCACAAGAUGGCAGCAGCUGCAUUUGAUGUAUCAUAGGUGGUCAGCAUCCAGCAGCUUUAUCUACCUCUGCAUGCGCUUUAA